AGGAUGAGUCCAGCUGUGGUGACUUCCGCUCAGAGCACAGAGAUUCAUCAGGACGACUUACUCUGAUCACGAUCUCUCACAUUCAGCGGGAUUUUGAUAAACACAGUCGCUAUUUUCCACAAGGAAUCGACUUCAUCGACAAAAACAGGAGCACUGAGUCCCUUUUUCUCCCUCUUCUGCUUUCUGGAACCCUCUGCUGUGCUCCUGGAUAAAGGAGAAGCCAUUUUCCAGCAGCUCAUACCAGCAGGAGAAGCAGAGAGCAGUCCCAAAAGAGGACAGUGGACUCAAUGAGGGAGCCAGAGAGGGAGGAGCAGCUCGACCCCAGCAUGCCUCCCAAAUUUAAACGGCAUCUGAACGAUGAUGAGGUCACCGGCUCCAUUCGCAGCGAAAGGAGAAACCUACUGGAGGAAGACUCUGAUGAAGAGGAGGACUUUUUCUUGAGAGGACCUUCAGGACCAAGAUUCGGUGCCCAAAAUGACAAAAUUCGACAGGUGCAGUCUCAGGUUGAUGAAGUCAUCGAUGUAAUGCAGGAGAACAUAUCCAAAGUGAUCGAGCGAGGCGAACGUCUGGAUGAGCUGCAGGACAAAUCUGAAAGCUUAUCAGACAAUGCGUCGGCAUUCAGCAGUAGAGCCAAGCAGCUCCACAGAAGGAUGUGGUGGAGAGAUAUGAAGAUGAAAUUGGUUGUGGCAUUGGUUGUGACAAUCAUUCUGCUUAUCAUAAUUGUUCCUGUGAUCUUGCGGUAUCGCUAGUGUCUGGUAGGGAGGUUAGAGGCAUGAUGUUCUCUUCCUCCCUCCUCUUCUGCAUCUUUCUGUCAUUCCUCCCAGCCAGAGGGGGGCGCUGCACAGAGUUGGCCUGCCCACUGUGUUUGCCUGUUUUGGCAGGGUCUGGAAACAACAAGCUGGGCCAGAGUUUAAUUUGUGGUGUGUGUGUGUGCGAAUGUGUGUGUGUAUGACAAGGCAAGAUUUUAAGCUCUCGCAACAACAAUGGCACAACACUGGUCUAUCUCUUGUAUGCGCACAUACACAAAACUACUGUUAUCAAAAUUACAAUAACAAUGUUAUUUUGUUGUAUAUGCAUUUAGUAUGAUGAAAACAAACUUUUAGCGCUGCAUUCUUUUGGUACUUCAUUGUGCUCUUUAUAGUUAAUUUAUAAUCUGCUUAUACCAUGAUACAUACAUGCACAUUUCCAAUAAAAAGUACAGUACAGCCACAUAAAUAGAUCAUUGGAAUAGAUCAAGUCUUCUCAGGAGGUGAAGCCAAACAGGAAAUGACACCUGAUGAUGUCACACUGCACUGCAGAUGUGCUUUCAUCUUAUGUCUAUAUAACUUCUGUAUAUGUUUAAACUAGAUCGAACAUUGAAGAUGAAAGGUUUGAUUAAUUUUUGCUGCUAUUAUCGUUUCUCAUAACUCAUAAAUUUGUCAUAUUUUUAAUUGUGCUUGAGUUGUUAUUAUUAGUUAUUGCUUUCCUGACAUGUUAUUAUGUAAAUAAUCAUUAUCUUCACUGUUGUCAUUUUAACAGCUUGGUUAUUAGCCAACAAUGUAAUAGAUGUGUGUGGUGAUGAUGAUUUGAUUGAUUGUUAAGACACUGAAGAUAACCUGAACGCACAUGUGAACUUAUUUCAGUCCAUAUCAUUUUACUGACUAUUGUAUAUUAUUUUUUAAUUUAUUUGUAAAUAUCCAUUCCCAAGUUGACAUUGGCUUUACGUUGGAGGACCGAAUUACUUAUACAUUUGAAAUAAAGUGAUUUUAAAGAGCA